AGCGCGGCGGGUGGGCAGGGCGGAUGCCGGGCGAGGAGAGGUGAUGAAUAUUCAUGCUGUAGCGCCCGCGGGGGCGGGGCCGGGCGCGCGCCGAUGGCGGGAGGCAGCGCCGGGGCGAGGGGCGCAGGCCGCCGGGCCGCCCCCCGGCUGGACGGGCUGUUCCUGCGGCGCUUCCUGCGGCUGCAGGCCGUGCUCUUCCCCCGGUGGCCCUCCCCGAGCGCCCUGAUGUUCCUGACGCUGCUCGGCGUCACCUUGCUGGAGCAGCUCGUUAUUUAUCAGGUCGGUGUCAUCCCCAGCCGAUACUACGAGGUCCUAGGGAACAAGGACAUCUCUGGGUUCAAAAGGGUGACUGCCGUUGCUCUGAUUCUGAUCGUCGUGAACUCCACGCUAAAAAGCUUCGACCAGUUUAUCUGCAGUAUGAUGUACGUGAGCUGGAGGAAAUCCCUCACCGAAUACCUCCACAAGUGCUACUUCCAGGGCCAGGUCUACUACAACCUGCACGUGCUGCGUGAGGACAUCGAUAAUCCGGACCAGCGCAUCAGCCAGGAUGUGGAGAGAUUCUGCAAGCAGCUCAGCUCCAUGGCCAGCAAGGUCAUCAUCUCACCCUUCACGCUGGCCUACUACACAUACCAGUGCUUCCAUAGCACAGGCUGGCUAGGCCCAGUGAGCAUCUUUGGGUAUUUUGUUAUUGGAACGAUCGUCAACAAGGUAUUGAUGAGCCCAAUUGUGUCGAAACUUGUGCAGCAAGAAAAACUGGAGGGGGAUUUCAGGUUCAAGCACAUGCAGAUUCGUGUCAAUGCGGAGCCAGCUGCUUUUUACAGGGCUGGGCAAGUGGAGCACGCGCGCACAAAUCGGAGGCUGCAGAGCCUGCUGCAGACCCAGAGGGAGCUGAUAGGGAAGGAGCUGUGGCUGUACAUCGGGAUUAACACCUUUGACUACCUGGGAAGCAUCCUGAGCUACGUGGUCAUUGCCAUUCCCAUCUUUUCUGGGGUCUAUGGUGACCUGAGUCCAACAGAACUCAGCGCCCUGGUCAGCAAGAAUGCCUUUGUUUCCAUCUACCUCAUUGGCUGCUUCAGCCAGCUCAUAGAUCUCUCCAGCACCUUGACUGAUGUAGCAGGCUACACACACAGGAUUGGCGAACUGCAGGAGACCCUGCUGAGCCUUGGCAGAAAGAAAAAUGCUAGCUACUUAGAAGCCAAAGCCAGUUGGGAUUUGGAUGGCAGCCCUUCUGGGGAGGACUCAGUGCCCAGGGACACAGCUUUCCUUCUGGAGCAAGUGACGCUCUCGGUGCCAUCCUCUGGCAAGCUGCUUAUCAAGGAUUUGAGCCUCAAGAUCUCGCAAGGAAACAGCAUCAUGAUUGUGGGGAAUACUGGCACAGGAAAGACGUCUCUUCUGAGGGUCCUGGGGGGACUCUGGGAGAGCAUGCGAGGGAGUGUCAAGAUGCUGACAUGCUUUGGCCCUCGGGGAGUGGUGUUUCUGCCGCAGCGGCCCUUCUUCACCGACGGAAGUCUGCGUGAGCAGGUGAUCUAUCCUCUGAAGGAGAUCUAUCCGGUUUCAGGGUCUUCCGAUGAUGAGAGAGUUGUGCGAUUCCUGGAGCUGGCUGGGCUGACUGAUCUGCUGGCAAGGGCUGGAGGACUGGACGAGCAAGUGGACUGGAACUGGUAUGACAUCCUGUCCCCAGGGGAGAUGCAGAGGCUCUCGUUUGCACGGCUCUUCUACCUCCAGCCAAAAUAUGCGGUGCUAGAUGAAGCCACCAGCGCUCUGACAGAAGAGGUGGAGCAUGAACUGUACCGUAUGUGCCUUCAGCUGGGCAUGACACUCAUCAGUGUGGGACACAGGGCCAGCCUGGAAAAGUUCCACAGCUGGAUUUUGAAACUUCAUGGGGAGGGAAGAUGGGAGCUCAUUCGGUGCGAGAAGACGAAGCGGCUCCCAGCUGGGGAAGAAUUCUGAAAAAUAUGCUGUUGUCUGGCCAGUCGCAGAACCUGCGCACACAUGGGAGGACUCUGAAUAGCAGACACGGAGCUGCUGAGCCAGCAGCUGUCAACGAGGGAUUCAUCUAGUGCAAGACCAGAUCCGGCUUUUUCUGAUGGACACAGGGCCAAACUUGAACUCAUGGUGUGAGGUUCUGCCAGGAGCAGACACAUCUAUGCCGUACAUUCUCCCAGCCCCCUUCUCCUACCUCCCUGCCUCCCACAGGGGAGGGCGCUGAGCUGCCAGGCUGCCUAAUGGGGCUCGUACAGGCGAUGGUCAGAGGAACCUGCACUUGUGCAGGAUGCAGCGUAAGGCUAAGAUGCAGCCUUCUGUUCUUCCCUCUGCCUUCCUGUUGCCUCCAUCUCUGAUACACAGCUCUGCAGAACGGGCUUCUGUACCUGUGGCUCUGCUGAGGGUUGUGCUCCCCAGCAGGAGCCAAGGGAUGCACUGUAAGGGGAGGACAAUGAUGACACACAGAAGGGCAUCUCUCCUUUCCUUAUGAAACAGGGUUACAGGUCAAAGGAAUAUUUUUGUAUUAAAAUUUGAGGCCUGUUUUCCACCGAUGUUUAUGGAGAA